AUGGAACGCAGGACGAAAAUGUUUUAUGCUGUUAAAGUGAUACAAAAGAAGGUUACAAAACUCGACUGUCUUAACAUUAAACAGUUGACUUCUCCUGAGAGAAAAAAAAUAGGCCAUUUGUUGAAGCUUGAUCAUCAAAAUGUGGCGAAGUUGAAAGAAGUAUUUGAAACAUCUUUCUCAUUGCAUAUAGUCGUUGAAUUUGCAAAUGGUGAAGAACUCUUCCGGAGACUAACUAAAAUGCCUAUGUACAACGAAAAAACGGUUGGUUAUUAUUUCAGACAAGUGGUUGAUGGUAUCAGAUACUUACAUGAAUAUGGAAUUAUUCACAAAAAUUUAAAACCUGAAAACAUACUGCUCAACACCAGAGACAGUGAUGCGAUUGUGAAAAUCACUGAUUACUCUCCUCAAUUAUUUACAACCUCAGAUUUAGAUUUAGAAAUGGUAUGCUUGACGACAACAUUUUGUGCACCUGAAUUAUUAUUAAGUAGAUGUUAUGAUAAAGCUAUUGAUCUAUGGGCACUAGGUAUACUAUUGUAUAUAAUGUUAUGUGGAGAUGAUCCUUAUAAAUCGAAAUCUGGUAGUGAUUUAUAUCGUGCUAUACUUCACUGUGAUAUUGAGUUUAAAUCUCCUUCAUGGAAAUCAAUUAGUUUGGAUGCUCAAGAUGUUGUUAAACGUCUUUUAGUGGUGGAUCCAAAAUUAAGAAUCAUUACACCACAUUUGUUGAGUCAUCCAUGGUUUAUCAUGUUAGAUGAAAAUGAAAAACAUUUAGAUUCAGUACAGGAGAAACUAGAACAUUUUAACAAACAGCGUUCAGAAAAACAUUUUGGCAUAGAAUAUGAAGAAGACUGGAUAACAUGUGAAUAUAUGAAGCUACCGCAAAGAAGCACAGAAACAGUUCUACCGAAUGUGUAUGAUGAGGAUGUAGAAGCAGAAACAGUAAUUGACAAGGACUGUGAUGACAUCAUAUUGAUCGAAGAUACAACAGAGAACGUCCAACCGGUUAGCCAAAACGAUAUCAGCAUUGAUUUAAAUGAGGCGAAUGAAUUAAUUGAUACAACUUCUGAUCAAUUCAUAGCAAGUUCAUUGAAGAAUUUACUUCAUGAAUAUCAUUUAUUGAAUGAUCAAAAUUCAAUAUUAAAUGAACAAGAUCUACAUGGAACAAAUCAAGAAAAUCAAGUAUUAAAUAGUGAAAAUGAACCAUUUGAUGUUACUAUGAUGAACAGUAAUGACAAUGAGCAUAUGUAA